GUGUGGUGAUCAAUAGUGUAACAAAAGGCAAAGUUCUGAGUUCACCUUCCCCUCUAGUCCUUCGAAAUGAUGGGGUGAUGGGUGAAUAUGAACCAAAAAUAGAAGUUCAUUUUCCUGACAUAGUUCCUGCAGCUAAAGGAUCUGUUGUGAAACUAGAGUGCUUUGCCUUGGGAAACCCUGUACCUGUGAUUAGUUGGCAGAGGACAAAUGGCCUUCCAUUUCCCAGCAAAGUGAAAAUGAAGAAGUCCAAUGCAGUUCUUGAGAUUCCAAAUUUUCAGCAAGAAGAUGCAGGGACAUAUGAAUGCAUUGCAGAAAACUCAAGGGGCAAAAACAUGGCGAGAGGGCGUCUCUCAUUUCAUACAAAACCUCACUGGAUACAAACACUUAAAGAUGCAGCUAUGGCCAUAGAAGACAGUAUUGUGUGGGAAUGCAAGGCUAGUGCAAAACCGAAACCUUCUUACAGUUGGCUGAAGAAUGGAGAGACUCUUGUGUUGGAGGACAGGAUACGAAUAGAAAAUGGAGUUCUUUCAAUCACUGCUCUAAAUCUGUCAGAUUCUGGAAUGUAUCAGUGUGUAGCUGAAAACAAACAUGGAGUUAUAUAUUCUGGUGCUGAGCUAAGGGUGUUAGCGGCAGCUCCUGAUUUUUUUAAGAACCCGCUGAAGAACUUGCUUAAAGCCCGUGCUGGCAGUGAAGUCAUUUUAGAGUGUAAGCCCCAAGCUUCUCCCAGAGCAAUUAGCUUGUGGAAGAAAGGGAAUGAGAUUCUGCACGGAAAUGAAAGGAUUACUGUUCUGGAGGACGGCACCCUUAGCAUUGCAAAUGUUACCAAGUCAGAUGGUGGAAGCUACACCUGUGUAGCAAGAAACCAGUUUGGAGUAGCAAGUACCAGCGGAACACUGCUUGUUACAGAUCCAACAAGAAUAACUCAAGGUCCUUCCAACAUGGAGAUAAUCGUGGGAGAAAGUGUAGUUUUGCCAUGUCAAAUUUCCCGCGAUCCAGCACUGGAUGUAUCAUUUACUUGGUCGUUUAAUGAGCAGUUUAUAGAUUUCAAAAAUGAUGCAACCCACUUUGAAAUAGUGGGCGGGAGUGUAGCUGGGGAUUUGAUGAUCAGAAACAUACAGCUAAAUCACGCUGGGAAAUAUGUCUGCAUUGUAAAUACAGAUGUAGAGAGUUUGUCAGCUGCAGCUGAUUUAAUUGUAAAAGGUCCCCCGGGUCCACCAGAGGCUGUGACAGUGGAUGAGAUUACAGAAACCACAGCACAGCUAUCCUGGAAACCAGGCAGCGAUAAUGCGAGCCCUGUCACUGGGUAUGCCAUUCAAGGAAGCACACCAUACACAAUAGGCUGGCUGGCAGUUGAUACAGUUCCUAAAGUCAUUGAUGGCAAUACAUUAACUGCCACCAUAGUGGAUUUAAACCCCUGGGUUGAGUAUGAAUUCCGUGUGGUUGCAAGUAACAGUGUUGGAGUUGGAGAACCUAGCGCGGCGUCACUCAAAACAAGAACAGAGGAAGCAGUUCCUGACAUAGCACCUUCUGAAGUAGGUGGUGGAGGUGGCAUGAAAUCUGAGCUGGUAAUCACCUGGGAGCCAAUCCCCGAAGAAUUGCAGAAUGGUGAAGGCUUUGGUUACAUUGCUGCUUUUCGACCCACUGGCACAACGACUUGGACACGAGCGGUUAUAACAGCACUAGGGGCUUCAACAUACACCUUCAGAAAUGACAGCAUUUUACCAUUUUCUCCAUUUGAAGUAAAGGUUGGGGCCUUCAAUAAUAAAGGAGAGGGGCCUUUCAGUUCUAUAACAACUGUAUUUUCUGCAGAAGAAGAACCCAGCAAAGCACCUGACCGAAUUUCUGCCAAAGGAGUCUCAGCUUCGGAAAUUGAAGUUUCCUGGCAGCCUGUAUUCUCUAAGGAGACGACUGGAAGAGUCCUUGGAUAUGAGGUUUCACACUGGGAAGAUGAUACAAAGCCUGAGGCAACAGGCACAGUAAGAUUAACCGGAAAUGAGACAUCAGUAAACAUUACUGGAUUGAAAGGCAACAGUUUGUAUUAUAUAACUGUCAGCGCAUUUAAUACUGCUGGGAUAGGUCCCUCUACUGAUUCCGUCAAUGCCACAACCAAAAAACCACCACCAAGUCAACCUCCAGAGAAUAUUGAAUGGAGCUUUAUCAACUCAAAACUUAUUUUAAACUGGGAUCAUGUAAUACCAAUGGAAAAUGAAUCUGAGGUUACAGGAUAUGAAGUAAGUGACAGGUAUCUAUUUCAAUAAUGGUUUAAAAAAGUAUUUAAGUCUGAUUAUUUAAGACUUUAUUACAUAGAUCUUAAGCAGCCUAACAUUGUAAAAAAGAAUAAGUUCAAGCACAGGACACUUUAUUACAUUAUAGAGCACAUUUUGAAAAGCUAUGUAACAAUUGAAAUGUCAUAUUGUAUAGUACAAAGCCACUUUAAAUCGAUUUUUUAAGUUAAUAGCCAAGUGGCAAAUGUUAUUUUAUUUUGUAAUUGCAUAUGUGUAUCUGCACCACCUAAACUACUUUUACUGCAGUGUCGUUUGCACAAUUGUUUUCCAAAAACAGAAUAACACUGGUUAAUGUUAUAAAACAAGUUUUGUCAUUUCAACAGGUGUUUUUCGCUUUUCAGAAAACCUGGUGUAAGGACACUUUUGAGAAAAUUGAUUGGUAAACUGACAGUAAAAAUGCAAUGAAGUUCUUUAUAUUAUCUAAUAAUGUCAGUGUGGAAAUGCAUCAGUAAUAACCUAUUGUUGUGCCACAGGUUGUAUGCAGACGAUAUCGACAUUCUAAUGAUGUAACAGCAGUGAAAACCAAUAGAACAUCGGUAGAGCUGCAGCUUUCCU